AUGAAGGCUUCAACUCAAGUUUCAAGACCAGGUAUUGGUAGGCCACGUAAGAAUAUAAAUGUACAUUGUGAAGCGUACAAAAGAUAUACGUUAACUAAAUCUAUGAAUAUGUUAGAAAAAGAUGAUACUAUGAAAUUAAACUGCAGUCGAAGGAAAACAAAAUACAGUAAGAUAAAGAGCCGUAUUCAUAAAAGAGAAGCAUAUCCCCGGAAGCAUACGAUGCUGAACCAGAGCUUCCCCGAGCAGCCCGAAACAACCUACUCAUAA